UCUGAUAUCUGAAGGUCAAGUCUUAAGUAUAUAUAUUGUGGUAGAGAGAUGAAACAGACAAAGGGGCAGCACACCUCACCUCACCUCCAUCAUGAAAUUUACAGCGCUGAUACUGGUACUCCUGCUGGUGGUGUCAGCGGUCCUCGGCAGUCCAGAACCGCACAAGGGUAAGGGUGGUAAAGGCUUCAAGAAAGGCGGUCGUCGAUCCGGUGGAGGCUCCCGUCACGUCCCAGUUCAUGUGAUCCCUGUCUAUCAUGGCGGUUACGGGCACGGCGGCGGCGGAUACGGGCACGGCGGCGGCGGAUACGGGCACGGAGGUGGCCGUCGAGGUUACGGAAAAUAGUAAACCUGAUCAGUAAGAGUAGGAGAGUUAGACAGUCUGGGAUCAUUGCCUUUAUGGAGAGUCUUCCCGGACAGGUAACUAAUUAACUCACCUACUCUCACCUGCUCCUGUAUAUAUAUAUAUAUAUAUA